AUGCCGCAGGUGGACAUGAUUCCGCUCCUCUUCCUCGUCCUUUGGAUGUGUGUGCACGGCCAGGACCCGGCGUCCAAGGUGGUGUCCGAUCGCUACGCCGUCUACUGGAACCGAACCAACCCCAGGUUCUACCGGGGCGAUUACCACAUUGACGUGUGUAUAAACGACUACCUGGACGUGUUCUGCCCGCACUAUGCAGACCCCGUGUCCGACGAGAGGGCCGAGCGCUACAUCCUCUACAUGGUCAACUACGACGGCUACAGCUCCUGCGACCACACCGCCAAGGGCUUCAAACGCUGGGAGUGCAACAGGCCGCUGUCGCCCAACGGACCGCUCAAGUUCUCAGAGAAGUUCCAGCUCUUCACCCCUUUUUCCCUGGGCUUCGAGUUUCGGCCUGGCAGAGAGUACUACUACAUCUGUAAGUAUGACCGCGCUGGCAGAGCAAGUGGGCUGCACCUGGAACCCAGCUGCGCCAAAUCUGCUCUCUCCACUAAAACAAGUGUACUAGGGAAUAACUGUUAG